GCGGCACUGACGGCCUGGGGUCGGUGUGCCCAGCGGGGGCAGCGCUGCCGCUGUCCGUCUGUCCGGAGGAUCGAGGCCGCGGGGACCUGUUCCUCCAACCGGCUUGUGAAUGGCGGCCGUUGAUGAUCUCAAGUUCCAAGAAUUUGACGAUGCAGCUAAUUUGCUUGCAGCAAAUCCUGAUGCCACCACAAUAAGCAUCGAUGAGCCAGAAAUCCCCAAGAAUCAGCACGGCCGCCUGCAGGAGCCCAGGAGAGAAGAGGAUGAUGAGUUACUGGGGACCGAUGACUCCGAUAAAACAGAGCUGCUUGCAGGACAGAAGAAAAGUGCCCCUUUCUGGACGUUUGAGUACUACCAGACGUUCUUUGAUGUGGACACGUACCAGGUCCUGGACAGAAUCAAGGGUUCAGUUUUCCCAGUACCAGGGAAGAACUUUGUAAGGCUGUAUAUCCGUAGCAAUCCCGACCUUUAUGGUCCCUUUUGGAUAUGUGCCACACUCGUCUUUACCAUUGCUGUUAGUGGCAAUCUCUCAAACUUCUUCAUCCAUCUGGGCAAACCAACAUACCACUAUGUGCCCCAGUUCAGAAAAGUGUCCAUAGCAGCAACAGCCAUUUAUGCAUAUGCUUGGCUUGUUCCCCUUGCUCUCUGGGGGUUCCUGAUGUGGAGGAACAGUAAAGUCAUGAACAUUGUCUCCUACUCGUUCCUGGAGAUAGUGUGUGUGUAUGGCUACUCCCUCUUCGUUUAUAUUCCCACAGCGAUUUUAUGGAUCAUUCCCCAAAAAGUGGUGCGCUGGGUGCUGAUGAUAUUCUCCCUGUGCCUCUCUGGCUCUGUUUUGGUGAUGACCUUCUGGCCUGCUGUCCGAGAUGACAACCGCAGGAUUGCGCUGGCAACUGUGGGGACUGUGGUUCUGCUCCAUGCCCUGCUGGCUGUCGGCUGCUUGGCGUACUUUUUUGAUGCUCCUGAACUGGAUUUUCCUGCACCUAUCAUCCCUGCUCACAAUGCAACAACAGUAAUAACAAAGAGUCUGUAAAUAAGAUCACAACACCCAUUUCUCCAUCUGUACAGCAACUUCAGGUUAUUUUUCCACUGAAGCCCAUGGGAAGUGCAGUAAGAAGGGAUGCUUUUGUAUAAGAGGACAGUGAUGGCCCAUGGAUAUAAGGACAUCUCCAUGUGUGAUGG